GGAAGUAUACUUGGCCCUCUUCUGUUUAUUAUCUAUAUAAAUGAUUUGCCAAAUUGUCUCAAACAUACAACACCAAGGAUGUUUGCAGACGAUACCAGCCUUACAGCUGUGGGCAAAACGUUAAAUGAAGCAGAAGAGAUAGCGAAUAAGGAUUUGAAAAAUAUUAAAGUGUGGUUGUCUUCAAACAAACUUAGCUUAAAUAUUGCGAAAACGGAAUAUAUUUUGAUUGGAUCACGUUCUAAGAUUAAUAGCAUGGAUGUCCAACCCACAGUUAAGAUUGACACAUGUCCAAUCAAAAGAGUAAAAAGCGCAAAAGUGCUAGGAGUUGAAAUCGAUGAGAACCUAAACUGGGAAAAACAUAUUGAAUAUAUCGCUAGUAAAGUAUCUUCGGGGAUUGGUGCGUUAAAAAAACUUAAAGAAUUUGUAGACCGAGAUACAUUAGUGCUGGUGUAUAAUGCAUUGAUCCAGCCGCAUUUUGAUUAA